UCGCGAAACCAUCGAUAACGAUCUCGCCUGUAACGAGCGCGAGAUGCCGCGCCGAUGUUCCGUGUCCGCGGUCUUAAAUUAGUCGUUGUUAGCGGACGAUUCGCGUGCUCCGACACAGCCGUCGCUCCCGAGCGCGUUCGCUUCGAUCUCGAAACAGAGAAACCCGAAAAUACAUGGUUUGACGUAGAACGGGAGUUUCAAAGUAAGCAAGCAAGCAAGACCGGAGCAUUUGUUGUUUCUUUUCGUUCCUCGCCGAAAAGAGACCCCACCGCGGAACGGGCCACCUUGCCUAACAGCGUGCCCGGACCCAGGGAACACACGCGCAAAUGAGCCAGAAGAAGAUUCUGCUGAGGUCCGCGCUCUCGUGCGACGUGGAGGACGGUCUGCUGGACAUGGAUCAGAUCAUGGGCAUCGCUCAGAACCCGAGCCCGUGGGAGGAGAUCGACAACUUCGUCCAGUGCAAUUUCAUGCAAGGUAUUCUGAACGAGUUUAACGAGUUGAUCACGCUCGACCCGCAACGGAAGCCUCCAGAGUACACGAAGAAACGGACCGCAAGAAGUCCUCGCGAGAAGAAGGAAGAGAGUUCCGCGGAAAAGGCGCAAAGUAAUUCGAAAGCCACUGGUGGGAAGCCGAGAGGUAAAGCAGAGAAGACAAUGAAACAGAAGUCGGUGAAAGAGAAGUCGAUGAAAGAGAAGACAAAGGAGCAGAAGGAGAAGAAACGUGAUAAAGACGUGAAAAAGGGGGAGGGUGCGAGCAGCUGCAAGAAGGGAGCGAGGAAAUCGGCCAAGGAUCAGAAGAGUCAAGGGAAUUCCUCGGAAGCCAAGGUGAACUCGACCGUGAAAAGGUCGGGAGACAGGGCUUCGAUCGGGUCGAAGAUGGCUGAGACGAUGCAGGAGACGAUGCAGGAGACGGUGCAGGAGACGAUGGAGAUGGAAGGAACGAAGGAAUCGGUGCCCUCCCAGGACACGAAUGUUUUUUCGUUCGAGCCUAUCGAAGAAUCCACGCGAAUCGAUUAUUCCUGCGACUACGAUGGAGAAUCUGUCAAAACAUCGAUGUCGAACGGAAAUCAUGGCGUGCCGUGCUCAAACGCGUUCAAUGCAACAAUUCCGAACGGUGUUCAGGAAGAGAAAAAUGGCGGAAGGAAAUCUUUGAACAGUUCGAAAGGCGAAUGCGCGAGAAAAGCGAGACAUUCUGUGAAAAAAAUCGCGGAGGAACACGGUUCGGACAAUCGUGAGGAAUUUGUCGAGAAAAUGAAAAAAAAGAGACAGUCUUUAGGGAAAUCGAGAUGCUCGAAUAAGAAAAAUGCAGAAAUGAUCGUUGAGAAAGGUAUUUCCUUAGGUUGCUCGAAUAACGAAUGUUCGCGACAUGAAACGAAUCCGGAGAAGCAAAUUUCGGAAAAUCGUGAGGAAUUUGUUGAUAAAGUGCAAACGCAGAGACAGUCUUUGGGAAAAUCGAAAUGCUCGGAAAAAGGGGAUGCAGAGAAGAUCUUGGAGGAAGAUAUUUCGAAUAAUAACUUUGAUGGAAAAGAGAAAGUGAAGAGGAAAUCCAUAAAUUGCUCGAAAAAGCAAUGUUCGCGAAAAGAAACGAAUGUGGAGAAGCAAAUUUCGGAAAAUCGUGAGGAAUUUGUUGAAAAAGCGCGAACGCAGAGACAGUCUUUGGGAAAAUCAAAAUGUUCGGAAAAAGAGAAUGCAGAAAAUAUCGCGGAGAAUAAUAUUUCGAGUAAUUAUGAAAACUUUGAUGGAAAAGCGAAAGAAAAGAGAAAGUCAAUGAAUUGCUCGAAAAACGAAUGUUCGCGAAAAGAAACUGAAAAAUUUGUUGAAAAAGUGCAAACACAGAAAAAAGAGAAUGCAGAUAAUAUCGCGGAGAAUAAUAUUCCGAGUAAUUAUGAAAACUUUGAAGAAAAAGCGAAAGGAAAAAGGAUGUCGUCGAGUUGCUCGAGAGACGAAUGUUCGCGAAAAAAAGAAACGAACGCGGAGAAACAAAUAUUGGAUAAUCACGAGUGUUUGGGCGAUGAAAGAAAAGAAAAGAGACGGUCUCUGGGGAAAUCGAAAUGUUUGGCAGAGGAGAGGAACGUCGAAAAGCCUGUGGAGAGAAUGACUUCGCAAGAUCGUGAGAAAUUUGACGCAGAAAAGAAGGAGAAGAUGAGAUCCCCGGGUCGAGUGAAAUGUUCGAAAGGGGAGAAGAAUCGUGCGGAGAAAGCCAUGAAGAAACAAAUUUCGGACGAUCGUAAGGUGUUCGACGAGGGGAAGAAAGCAGGAGGGAAAUCUCUGGGAAGCUCGAACUGCGCGAAAAAGGAGAAGUGGCGUCCCGAGGAGAACGAGAGGAAAACAAAAAAGUGGAGGGAGCCGAAAGCGAGCGAGCAGCAGGAUGAUAUAUCUGCGGCGAUCAAAGGCGAGAAACUUGGAAGAUUUGAGAGACUGUUGCUGAGCAAGCAGAAGAGACGCGAGGAAAGGAGAAUACGUAGGCACGAGAGAGAGGCGGGCCGAGCUAUGGAGAAAUUCGGCAAACACGUAACGAAGAUCGUGAAGUCGAUGGGAUAUAACAUAGACGUCGAUAUGGGAUCGAACACGGCCAGUGAUGAUUCCGAUGACUGUUCUUGCUGUUCUUCCCAUUCCAGCUCGUGUUCCGGUUCCGACUCCAGCUCGUGUUCCUAUUCCGACUCCAGCUCGUGUUCCUAUUCCGAUUCCUCCUGUUCCUGCAGUUCAGAUUCUUGUUCUUGUUCCUAUUCCUACUCGUGCUUCACAAAUUCUAGUUCUUCUUCCGAUUUCUAUUCCUGCACAUUUUCCAAAGACUCUUCCAGAGAAUACUCGGAAUACAGUCCAUGCUCCGACUGAAGAUUUAUCCGUUUCAUUCUUAUGCAAUCUGAUAUAUAUUUGAUUCGUUGAAUUAUUUAUUUCUUCGGGAAUUGUACCGUAAUAAGAAGAAAACGCUUUGGAACGUGGUUCUUCGUUCGUGGAACGUCAGCCGGUUAUCUGACGGACCAUGUUUUAAGUAUUAACGGCGCUGCACGCUUAUUUUUAUCUUAUUAAACGGUUCGAUAGAGAUGUAAGACUCGCGUAUCUAUAAACUGAAGAAAUUUUUUUAUAAAAAAAAAGUCAGCUGCUUGUCCGACGGACAAAGCGAUCCAGGUGUGUUCAAGUAUUAACCGCGCUGCGCGCUUAUUUUUACCUUGGUAAACUGUGUUCGAUAGAUGUAAGACUCGUGUACGUAUGAAGAAAUUAUGAAUAAAAGAAUACGAUUACCCUCCGUAGAUAUCGAUUCGUUAAGGAAA